CAUAUAUAUCCAAAUAAUUAAAAUGUCUGAUUUGAGAUUUGAUAAUAAAGUUGUUGUCAUAACAGGAGCAGGAAGAGGCCUUGGAAAGGCUUAUGCCUUGUUUUAUGGGUCUGUUGGAGCCAAAGUAUUAGUAAAUGAUAAUGGCUGUGAUUUGGAUGGAAAGAACACCAAUCCUAAAUUUGCAGAUGAAGUUGUGGCAACAAUAAAGAGCAAGGGAGGAGUAGCAGUGGCCAACUAUGACUCUGUGUUAAAUGGUGAUAAAAUCAUUGCACAUGCUAUAAAAGAAUUUGGAAGACUUGAUGUUCUUAUCAAUAAUGCCGGCAUCUUAAGAGACAAGAUAUUGGCCAAGUUGACAGAAGAAGAUUGGGAUAUCGUUGUCAAAACUCAUUUAUACGGAACCUAUUCUGUAUGCAAGGCUGCUUGGCCAAUCAUGAGAGAUCAAGGAUUUGGCAGAAUAAUUAAUACAUCCAGUGGAUCUGGUUUGUAUGGAACUUUGGGUCAAACCAAUUAUGCAGCUGCAAAAGCAGGAAUAGUUGGACUCACAUUGACAUUGGCUAAGGAAGGAGAGAGAAGAAACAUAUUAUGUAACGUGUUGGUCCCAGUUGGAGCAUCUAGAAUGACAGAAACAAUCAUGCCACCUGAUGUGUUGACUGGAAUCGAUCCAAAUAAUCUCACACCAAUAUUGGCUGUUUUAACCCAUGAAACAAACAAAGACUAUAAUGGUGGAAUUUAUGAAUGUUCUGGAGGAUUCUUCUCUAGAGUCAGAUGGUAAAGAACUGAAGGUGUCUCUUUGGACUUGCCUGUUAAAAUUAGCGAAGUUCAAAAGAAUUGGGCUAAGAUCAAUGAUUUCAGUGGAAACAAUGAAUACCCCACUGGAAAUGCCGACUUAUUCAACAAGGUUUAAGAAAAUCUAGAUAGGUUGGAAUAAUAGGCUGCCUAAAAGCCAAAGUUAUGAGUUUAGAAUUUACAUUAUUAAUAUGAAUAUUUUAUGUAA